UCCCAGCCCUGUUCUUGGGAAACUGGAGUGCAGGGAGGCCCUGCUUUUUCAGCCACAGCCACAGAGCUCCUGUGUUUUUCCCCAGGUCUCCGUGCAGUACGCCUCCAAUGGCAAGUGGUACCACACCUGCGGAGGGUCCCUGAUAGCCAACAACUGGGUCCUGACGGCUGCCCACUGCAUCAACUCCUCCAGGACCUACCGCGUGGUGCUGGGACGGCACAACCUCGACAUUCCGGAGUCCGGCUCGCUGGCCGUCAGGGUCUCUAAGACUGUGGUGCACCAGGACUGGGACUCCAGCGAUGUCUCCAAAGGGUACGACAUUGCCCUGCUCAAACUGGCUCACCCCGUCUCCCUCACCAACAAGAUCCAGCUGGCCUGCCUCCCUCCUGCUGGCACCAUUCUACCCAACAACUACCCCUGCUACGUCACGGGCUGGGGAUAUCUGCAUA